GUCUUUCAACAGGUCAGCUUACUCCAUAUAAGGAGGAUAAAAUUUGCUCAGUCACACUGGAAGAUUUAUGCAUGACUUUUAAAUCUUUUUAAAAAAAGACAAAACAGAUAUCAAACAGGCUGCCAAGACUCCAAAACUGUACUUUGAUACAUGAUCAAUGAGGUUAAAAAGAGAACCUCGGUAAUUUUACAGGACAUCGCAUUCCCCUGAGGCGAAUCUCAUAAUUAAAGGCUACUCAGACAUUCCAACUCAGACACUCAGGUCACUCAAGAUAUGAGUAUAAUCACGGUUGACACCAGUGUGUUACUUUGGUCGAUCCUUUAACCUCCCUGGUUUGAUGUACUUCUCAAUAGAGGUGGUGAAAGAUGGCUAGGACAACGGCGGUAGGAAAAGACGUAAAAGAAACGGAUCAAGAGGAGACUACAGAUCUAGAGGCCGGCAGUUCCACUAAGGUGUACCUGAAAUCCGGUGCAGGUGUUCUGUAUACUCUGCUGAGCACAGCGUGUGUCGCCUUCGCUGCACAGUUUAUGACCCUGAGCAGUCAGUCAGGAAUACCUGGGCUGCAGCUGAUAUUCCUUAUCAAACUUACGCAGCUACUUGUUGUCCUCUUUCUUCUGCCUUUCUUUAAACCAAAGUUGACACCCGAAGGCGGACAGCAAACUCUAUUUCUUGUACUUACGACAAUUAUGGACAACCUGGGAACAAUCUUCGGAUUCAUGUCCUUUGUUUAUGUUCUCCCUGGGAUUUCCUUCGGGAUCAUACGAGGAUCCAUGCCUUUCAUCGCUGCCUGCAUCGGAUUUUUCUGUCUUGCCGAAACUGUGGAUGUCGUGAACUGUUUAGGAAUCGUUCUCAGUGCGGUUGGGGUGACAGUUGUCGCAGUUGGAAUGGUUCUGGAGAACACCUCGUCCACACAGCAUCUGACGGCGGCCAUUCUUCUGCCACUCGCUACUUCGUUCACCAAGGGUCCGGAUCACGUCAUCGUGCGGUCACUCAUCGGCAUGCAAGGGUUCUCCAUUCUAACUCAGACUCUGUACGCCAACAUUUGUGGGGCAGUAGUACUGCUUGUGCUGACCUACGUGAUAUCAACUCCGCGUUGGGCGAUGCCUGGACAAACGGUGGGUUACGUUAUCGGACUCUGUCUAUGCGUUACUGCCGCAUCGUUUACUACAAAACUAGCGCUGAAGACGGAAAAAGCAGGCAUUACUGCUACCAUAAAGACUUUCACCAUCCCUCUUUCAGUGCUGUUGGACUACAUAAUCCACUCAGAGUUUCCUAGUGCUUUAAAAUUCGGCGGUGUUGCACUCAUAGUGUUAGGCACUGGUUUAGUAGCAGUGUAUACUUGGUGGAGGCACCGUCAAAAUAUGCUUCACAAAAAGCUCUUAGGUAGCUUAAACUUUGGUGACUAAACAGUAAACACAACUUUUAAAAGUAGUUGUAUACUUUGUAGAAUGUGGUUUUGAUUUUUUUGUGACAGAAAAAACUUUAUGUCACAGAUGCAUGUGAUACAAAGUAUGAGAGGUCAUGAUCAGACACGGUAGCUAUUAUCAUAAUAGACGCUUAUUUCUGACUGGAGAACCAGUUGUAUUGGUUUAGGUGCUUUUUUACCGUUUGCCGCAUUCAGGGAAUACAUAGAAUUGGUGUCUUUUGGGUUAAGGGAGGAGGGGCCAUGCAAGGACAUAUAAACAACGAGAAAGUAUUAUUUUAACUGUAUAUAAGUUCCACAGUUUUAAAUAUUUACAUACCAAAGAAAAAAUUUAUUCCUAAUGCAACUCGAUAGACCAUGUAUUAUAAAGUCCAUCUGUUCUAAAACUGACUUUAGAAGCGAUAAAAUGUUGAACCUGUAGCUGUAUAUAUCAGCAUGCUAUAGAUUAAGUAAGAUAUCAGACUCGUAUUACUGUGACGUUUGUAUGUAGAACGUUAUCACAAUGACCCGUAUUUCCUUCGUAAAUAUCAUACAUCUACAAUGGAGGUCUUCGAUCCGUAUCUACUGACUAACACAGUCGUCGCUAUAUAAAACUUACAGUAUACUAGACAUUAAUGUAUGUUCAAAACGUGAUAGCAUGCACAUAUUAUGAGUAUUAAGAGUAUAUGAUCGAUAUCUGCUAGCCUUGUGCUUCAAAGAGUCGUUGAAUCAGACAACAGAACCGCGAAUUGUUAAGACGUUGAAAUGGUGCAUUUAGCCGAUACGAUUAGGGAAAAAACUUUAUAUAUCUGAAUCACUACAAAAGUUUAAAACCAUAUUGUGUGUAUAAAUAACUGGCAUAUGUCCUGAAUUAUAGAAAAUAUACAAUAGAUUAUACUAGCUUUGGUAGAAUUGGAAUUUAGUAUAGCUAGUAAUCAUUAUUGAUUAGCUCUGUUAGAAUCGUAUUUUAAAAUAGCUCAUGUAUCUACCCUUGUUGUUGUUUCUUUUGUUUGCAAUACAUUGUACCAGUUACAGUUGUAAAGCAAUAAAUUCACUUGAUUUGAUUUUUAUAAUAGCUCCUCACUAGGAAGCUGCGUUAAAGGUUAAAACCCGUAGCCAUUACAACAUAAAAAUGAUUAUUUGUUUAUUUUGAUUUUUAACAAAGUGAAAGGGAGGGCAAAACAGGUGCAUACGUACCUUUACAAGUUGCUUCUCCCCCAUAA